AUGGCCGGCUGCAGCGUGGAGAACUCGCUCAAGGCGCUGCGGGAUGCGGCCUUCGACAGGGACGAGGGGGUGCGUCGGCAGAUUGUGCAGUCGCUCCGGGAGCUGGGGGCCCACCACACGGAGCUGCUGCUCACCUCCUGCCUCCACUACCUGAGCAAGCACAGCCAGCUGGAGGAGGAGCACCGGGCCGUCAUCCUGCAGGCCAUGAGGCUGGUGGCGGAGGACGCUGGCGACCGGGUCAGCGAGCUGACGGCCAAGAAGCUGGUGGCGGCGGCAGCUCAGGAGCUGGUGCGGCCAGACGAGGCCCUGAGCGAGGCCUCCAAGGUGGCCUACAGCGACCUGCUGGUGGCCCUGGGAGGCAGCUACACUGAGGAGGUCCUGGACGAGACGCUGAGGAGCUUCAAGGCCAACAGGCUGCCGGAUGCUUCCGUUGUACGGACUGUGGCGCGCCUGGCCCUAGCCAAUGGGAGCGGCAUGGCACCGUACCUGGCCGCCACGUUCGAGGCCCUCAUCCCCAUGCUGAACCACGCCAAGACAGACAGGAUGAGGCUCACCUUGGCUUCGGCUUUGGGCCUGCUCAGCCGCAGCGUCCUCCAGCACCAGGAGAUGCCGACGGAGCCGUCGCUGAAGAAGGGCUCCUUCCAGCGCGAGAUCCACGCGGCCUACGACACGCUGUUCAACGUCUGGCUACCGCUCAAGGACCCCAGGCUGCGGUUGGAGGUUCUGGCCACGCUGGGCGACAUGGUGCAGGUCAUGGGCAGCCAGAAGCUGCAGGAGGAGUUGCCCAAGCUGCUGCCUGCUGUCCUCUCGCUCUACAAGAAACAGCAGGAGCCCUUCCACGUCAGCCACUUCCUGCACCGGGUCCUGGAGGUGGCACGCCGGGCUGACCCGAGGGCCCUGGAGCCCCAGGUGGAUGGCCUGCUGAACCCGCUCCACCACCAGGUCUGCCAGCCAGCCGACCCAGAGAGCGAGCUGGCGCCCAGUAACCGAGAGGAGCUGCUCACCUGCUUCUCCCUGGCGACCCGGGCCUCCCCGGACUCGGUGCUCAGGUUCCUGGUCCACAAGCUGGCCAACAGCGAGCGGAACCGCCUGGGCACCCUCGCCGUCCUCAGACACCUGGUGGUGACGGAGCACCAGUCCCUGGAGGGCAGGAGGGCUGCCAUCUUGGCCGGCAUGAAGGCUCCCCUUCAGGACCCCGCCAACCGCGUCAAGAGGGCACUGCUGGAGCUCAUCGAGGCCCUAGCCGACCACGGGUACCUGGAGCUGGAGGGAGGGGGCGCCGCGGUGGAGUUUGUGGUCUGGCAGUGCGCCUUGGCCGAACCGCGGCUCCCGGCCAAGGCCGGAGAGGUAACGGACGACGAGCUGAAGGAGGUGGCGGAGGGUCUGUUGACCAGGAUGGCCGGGUCCGACAGGCUGAUCCCCAUGCUGUGGCCUUUGCUGCUGGAGUAUGUGACGCCAGUGCACUAUACCCAUGCCUUGGCGGCCGUCUGCCGCGCCCUGGUGCUCCUGGUGUCUGGGAAGCGGCACACGGGCCUCGAGCUCUUUGAGCUCAACUACGACAAGCGGCCUAGCCUGCCGUCCCCUCAGGCCUUGGUGGCCCGCCUCCUGGUGGCCACCUCCCUGCCCUAUGAGGGGCAGCACCGGGGGUCAGCCGCUCUCCGGCUCCUGCUGGCCCUGGGCCCCACCAUCCACCCGGCGCUGGAGAGCCUCUGGGCAGCUGAGAUGCCCACCUUACUGAGGUAUGUGGCUGAACACAGCGAGGAAACGGUGGCCCAGCAGCAGUGGGAGAAGAAUCUGCUGCUCCUCCUCUUCCAAACGGUGGAGGCGGUCGGAGAUACCCGCUGGACCUGCCGCCUGGGCGAGGAGAUGACCAACCAGAUCAACGCCUGGCAGAGCGCCCCCGUGGCAUACGCCCGCGUCUCUCAGGAGAAGCAGUUCCUCUACAAGUGCCUCGGCAUCGUCCUGCAGCACACCCAGAGCAUUGAGACCAUCCACCAGCAGCUCCAGGAAAUGCUGCUGAGCGUCCAACAUGGCGAGGCCUUGGAGCGCGAGGGGGUGGCCAUUGGCAUUGGCUUCUGCGCCAUGACCCACUUCGACAAGACCCUGGCGAGGCUGGAGGAGUUUGUCAGGCUGGACGUCCUGAAAAAGACGGUCAGCUUCUUCAACAGCCUAAUGGAGAAGGUGGACGGUGACAUUGAGAAGAUGAAGAGCACGCUGAUCCUGUGCUACGGUUAUGUGGCGCUCUACGCGCCCGAGGACCUCCUGAUGCCCCGGCUGGAAAGUGGCAUCCUGCAGCACGUCGUCAGCCUCUCCAACACCAAGGUGCUGGGCAUCAAGGUGGAGACCAAAGACCCGAUGAUCAAGCUGAGCCUGAUCAAGGCCGUGACCCUGAUUGCCAAGGCCGUGUACGCCAACCGAUGGCGCCAAUCCUACCCCUUCGCCCGGAGGGGCGAACUCCUGGCCACCAUGCAGGGUCUCAUCAAGGCCGAGCCCAGGGCCCAGCUCAAGACCCCAGUCCGCCACAUGGCCAUGACCGCCUGCACGUGCCUCAUCAAACUGGAGCCCUUGGUCAACCGGGCCUACGUGACCGAGCUGAUCAAGACCUGCCUGGAUAGCGUGCUGGGCCUACAGCCCCUGGAGAAGGCCAGGGAAGAGGGGGAGGAGGACAAGGAGCGCGAGAGCCUGUACCGUGAGACGAUGGCGGCCCUCCAGGGCCUGCUUAACGAGAUCCUGAUGCAUGUGCUCUCCCCCGAUGGGUUGCAGGCCGUCUUCAAGCACGUGGAGGGCUGGGUCAUCUCCACCCGGGACCAGGAGCGGGAGCGGGCGCUGGACAUCACCGCCAAGCUGACCGUCCUCUACCUAGAGAAGAUGGUGCUGCGUUCGGAGGUGGAGUUCAGCCACCUGGGCACCAUGGUGGGGCGGCUGGUGCCCAGGUGCACCGACCCAGUGCUGAGGGUGCGGCAGCUAGCCAUGGGCAGCAUCUACACCCUGUUUUACAUCCACCUGCGUUACGCCGGGCUGCGGGAGGGUGACGUCGACGAGCUGGUGGAGCACCUCAAGGCCAUCGGUACCCGCCUGGACCAGUCGGAGAGCCAGUUGCUGCUGAGGGUCUGCUCAGACCUGGCCAAAGUCAUCGCGCGGCGCCUCCCCCAGGAGCAGGUCAGCACCUUGCUCUUUGUGCUGUUCGAGGGCCUGGAUGACCACCAUGUCAGCUGCUCCAGCGCUGCCUCCAUCGUCAUGAACACCGUCAUCCGAUCCUGCGGCUCCGUGCUGGAGGGCCACAUCUCCGAGAUCCUCAAGGCUCUCUACAUCCGGCUGCAGUGGAUCACCGGGGAGCAGGUCAAGUUGUCCAUGGUGCACUUCAUCUGCGUCCUGGCGUCGCAGAACACCGCCGAGGUCAUCUCCUGCCUGCUGUGCACGCCGCUGCCCUUCGACAGGUACACCUGUGACAUCUGGCGGGCGCUGGCCGGUGAGGCCACUCUGUCCUUCCGCUGCAUGGAGCUGCUGCUGGAGGCCUUGGGCAAACACUUGGUGCCCGUCGACCGGGCAGCUGGGUCCCCGGUGCACAAGAGCGGGGCUGUGUGUUCGGCCCUGGAGCCCCUGGCCAUCAUCUGUGCCCUCAGCGAGAUGCUGCUGAACCCGGAGUCGGCUGGGCCCGUCAGGGGCCUCUACGCCCAGCUCUUCAGCACCUUGCUGCUCCACCUCAGCUCCAGCGUCGGGGUGGAGUUCCCCAAGGAGCUCUUCAACGCUGGCAACCCCAGGGACUGGAAGCUCUCACCGCGCCCCAAGCAGAGCACCGUGGAUGUCUGCAACUACUCGAUGGAGACCCUGAAGGCGGUGAUGGCGGUGGCCCGCACGGAGAGCGUGGUCAACGCCAUGGAGGAGUCUGGGGGCUGGGCCCUGCUCAGGAGCUCGGAGAGGCACCACGAGGGAGUGGCCCUGCUGGCCUGCGCCGUGGCCCACCACGUCAAGCCGCAGCUGGCCUCCAUCACUCACCAGCUCGCCUCCGCCCUGCCCGGCGCUCCCAAGUCGCAGAGGGUGACGCUGGCAGCCUUUCUGGGCGAGCUCCUGGGUGAGCCUGUGGCCUGCGAGCUGCAGCUCACCGAUGUGCUGCUGGCCAGCCUGCUGAGCUGCGCCGAGGACGUGGUGCCGAUCGUCAGGCUACUCAGUGUCCAGGCCCUGGGCAACGUGGCAGACGGGGACACAGGCAAGGUGGGCCUGUACGCCUCCAGGCUGGUGGGCGCCAUGGUCACCGGCAUCAGCGGCGGCGAGGACCCCCGUGACCUCAUCAAGCUGGAGGCCAUGGGUGGCCUGGUCCGCCUGAUGGCGCUGCUGGAUGAAGGCCAGGUCCACGGCCUACUUGCCGACGUCAUCCUGGCCGCCCAGCCUCUCUUCGAGCACCCCGACGACCGCGUGCGCUGCGGGGCCUUCCGGCUCUUCGGCAGCCUAUCCCGCUUCGGCAGGGGGGACCUGAGGCAGAUCUAUGUGGAGCAGGUCCAUGCCAGCUUGGUCAGCCUCAUCCUGCACCUGAACGAUGGCAGCGAGGAGGUGGUGGAAGCCUGCAAGGCCGCGCUCCGCUCGGCUGGGCCUCUGGUGGGUUCCGACAGCCUGAGCUCCCUCUUCCACUGCGAGCUGACCGACGGCGUGGAGCUCGACUACUGGGCCUUCCUCAACUCUCUGGCCAAGCUGGUGGCCGAGGACUUCCCGGCCAAGGUCAGCAUCUACCUGGCGGUGGGAGCCACCUUCUUCAAGAGCCUGCUGCCUGAGAUCCGCGGCAACGCCGUCAUCUUCGUCGCCUGCCUGAUCCAGAAGCUGCCCACGAAGUACCACCAGGCCGCGGCCAACAGCAACAUCUGCUCGGAUGUGGUGGCCAUGCUGCAGGACCCGGUGCCCAGUGUGCGAGCGAAGGUGGCCAAAGCCCUCAGCCUCCUCCACUGACACGCCACCCCUUGCCAGCCCGGGAACAAGCCAAGAGGUCGGGGCUGGAAAUCCAACGUGAUACUUCCAAGAGAAAAGGACUGAGGGUUGUGACGAGAGCUAAGGGAAGCCACGAGGACUGAUGGUUGGACAAAGAGGCAAGUUCCACACCGACGCUCUUUCAAGGGACUG